AAACAUUUAAACAUUUAAACAUUUAAACAUUUAAACAUUUAAACAUUUAAACAUUAUUGCGAAAUAAAUUAAAAAAAAAACUCGUAAAAAAGCAAUAAAUAAGAAUCAUAAAACGAACGCACCAUUAUACAGAAACUGUGCAGCCGACGCUCUUGAAACGAACGCACCAUGAUUGAGCGAGCUGCGAGCUGUCAAACUUUUUCUCUCGCGCGUGUUCAUUCAUGUUUCGUGUUGGCCGUGUUGGCUGCAGUUUCGAAUCGAAAUCAAGUUUUACUCGCGUGUGCUUAUGAAAAAUAACUUCCGUCAUCAAAUCUGCCGGGUGAACGAACCGGAACAUCUCCGGGAUGGCGGAUUUUUCUCACAUUUGGGUAAGUUUUUGGAGUUUUAUUAAUUUUGGAGAGGGCGGAAUCCCCCUGAAGCAACAGCAGGUUGUUGCCAUGACCUGCUUCGAAAAAUUGUCAAACUUUUUUUUGUAUUAUUUGUGUCUUUCUGUGGGCGUGUGGAGCUGUUCGGUUACGGGACAAAACCCGCAGUGGAAACGCAGACCCGGCGCAUACUGCGGACAUUUCCGGCCACCGUCAAUAAUCCAUUCCGAAUGGAGGCCUCCAAGAUGCCAAGUGCUCGAUCUGGAAAAGCUACGAGGAGUUCGAACAUCUUCGUGUGAGUAUUUGACAUUUUAUUCUAUUGGAAAAGGAUAGAGCCACGGGGCGGAAUCCCACUCCGCAGUAGGCAAGAAAACUGUGACGUAGCAAAUGAGCUCAAAGAACUCAGUGGUUUGACAGGUGUCGUUUUCACGACUUAGCAUUUCUUUUUUGAAUUUGAAUUUGCUUCCGGUUGCGCGAAACGUCAAAACCCGAGUUUUUUUUCGGAUAAGUGUGCAUCUGUCCGUGUUCGUGUACGCGCAACUGACCACGUAGUUGUCGUUCCCGUGGCCGUGCUCUAGGCUGUGUCCUUGUCCGAACUCCUGACCGUGUUCGUGUCUGUGCUUCUGGCCGUUUUCGUGUCCCUGGCCAUAGUCUACUAGUUCCAACGCGGAUGCACGUAGACGUGAAAUGCGGACAUUCCAGUUUGCCAUCAUAUUUCCUUUCUUGGUGGCAACGUUAACUCCUGAAGCAGCAGGACAUUUGAAGAUGAAGAAGUGGGCUCUCGACAAAACGGAGCUUUUGGCCGACAGCUUGAAGCGGAAUUACGAAAGAAAACGUCGGAAGGAGCCCAACGACAGUUUCAACUCGACCGCGACCGUGAAGGAAACCCUUCCUGAAUGGCGAGAUGCUGGACGGACUUCUCGUGACGAAAAUCCUGACGGGAGUUGUGAGUGAUGAGUAAUAAGAAAAGCUUGCUUUGUUUCUAAUAAAUUGUUUCAUUUCUGAAGUUCAAUUUAAAAAAAAACAGUGUAAAUGAAACUAAAAUUAAAUAAAACAUACUUUUAAUUUAAGGAAAAUACCGUAAAACAUACCAUAAAUAAAAUUAAAGUACAAUAAAACUUGCUGUAGUUAUUAUUUAUUUCAAUGUACGAAUAUAGUUUAAACAGUACUAUUUAGCAGGGAAAAAAUCUUGAAGAACUAUACAUUUACUGUGAAAUCCAUUGUAAUGGUUACUGUAUUUGUUGUAAAUGUAUGAUGUUUUCUAUAGUCAGGGCAAGUUUUUGAAUGAAAAAUGCAACAUUAGAUUAACAGUAAAAUGCGUCGUAUUUGGAAAAAAAAUGUAUGGAAAAAAUUCGAAAUUUUUAUGGUACCGGUGCAUAACAACCCCCCUUUUUUAUGGUAAAAUCCCAAAAUACGACGCAAAUUAUCUUAAAAAACGAUGCUGUCUACUGUUAAAACACUGUCAAAAUGACAAUAUAUUUUAUCGUUUUGUAACGUUAAAAUUUACUGUAAGUUCAUCAGAAAUCUUUAUGCGGGGCCCGCAUAAAGUUUUACUAUAAACCAACAGUAGAUUUUAUGGUUAUCACACGAUAAAUUCUAUGGUUAUUUUUACCAUGAUUCUACAGUAGCCUUUAUGUUUUUUCACCAUAGAAUAUAUCUUAUUUUGGGAAAUUACUAUAAAAAAGGGGUAUUGUUAGGCAAAGUCACCAUAAAAAUUUCGACUUUUCCCCAUACAAAAAAAAACCAAAAACUAUAUAUUCUACCGUAUUUUCAUUGAUGCCUUUUCCGUCCAAAAAAUUACCCUUACCAUAGAAAACAUCAUCAGUCGGCUCUGUACUCGCGUGUGCACCAGACGUAGCUUUGUGCUCCGCGAUCGAAAAUUCGCUAUUGUUGCUCGAACAAACAAACAACGCGUUGUGGAAGACUCUGAAAUGAGUGCUGUCCGCAAAAAUACGCUCGUCGUGGACUUCAGCGUCCUCCCAGAGCGUCCCAAGCUGGACAUGGUGCAGCGGUUUGUGGAAAAAAGUCUGGGACUAAAUCCCACCGACUUAAGAAGCAUCCAGCUGCACAACAUUCGCCAUUGCGUGCUCAUUCAGAUGGCGGAUCCAGCAGCCGCCGUCGAAGUAGCAGUGCAGCAUCACCUCAAGCACGCCUUCCGGAUCAGCCCGACGAAGAAGAUCGCAAUUCCGGUCUACGUCGACGAUGACAUCGUCGACGUUCGGAUCCACGAUCUCCCGCCGGACAUGUCCAACAUGCAGAUCGCCGAAGCAAUGCUCCAGUACGGCGAAGUUUUGACGAUCAGGGACGAGGUUUGGAGAGACAUUUUCGCCGGCGUACCCAAUGGUGUGCGGGUGCUAAAAAUGAAGAUCUCCAAACCCGUUCCCUCGUACGUCACGAUUUGCGGCCUUAGCAGUUUGGCUACACACACGGGUCAGAUUUCCACGUGCCGACGAUGUGGAUUCCAGCGACACGUGUCGAAAAGCUGCUCCGAGGCAGCUAAAAAACAGCAACCGAAGCCGAAACCACAAAAAAAUCCACCUCCAUCUGGCCCUGUUUUGCCUAUCGCCGAUCUAGCAGCAGUACAAUCCCAAGUCGUUGUUCCUCACACUCACGAGGACAAUGGUAAUGACGGAUUUAUUACUGUUGUAAAGAAAGGCAAAACAACAAGGAAGCAAGCACCCGAAGAAAAAAGAUCGUGCUUGGACGACGACGACGACGACAAAUCACCAACUCUCGAUAACGACCAGCGCAACGAUAAUGGACAUCUGAUUGGACUACCAACAACAACCACGCCAAAAAGAAGGCUUUGGAAGCCAACUGUUUGACGUAGAACUACGUCGAUAAAAUGUAUUAUUAUUAUUUUUGUAUUAUUUUUUCAAAACUUGGCCAAAUUAUGGCAACAAAAGGCCAGUACCU